AUGGAAAGGAAAAAAGGCAUCUUUUCGUGGGACUCUUUGGAUAAGAGAGUGGACAGGCAUGGAAACGUCCUCGGUCCCAAUGAGGAUGAGACUAGAGAGGUUAGAACUGAACUUUCCACUUACGGAAAAAGACGGAUUGGAACUCACCAAUGCGUUGAUUCUAAGAAGUCUGACACACCAGCUGUUGCAAAGCCGGCAGCAUCAGUGAAACCAAAAACCCCGACUGUUCCAAGUGGGAAGAAGACGAACAUUGCCAAUCCCAAAACACCAUCGAAAAAACAGAAUGCACCAACCAUAUCAGCCACCAAGAAAACAAAAGCCCAAAACGCAACAGCUUCAAAAGAUAAAUUGCCAAUUCCGAAGGCAGCCACCAAGACGCGAUCCCAAAAAAGCAAAGGAUCCCUAAAAACGAAACAUUCCAAAACACACCUACCCGCCAAGACGCCACCUCUAAAGCCACCCAUCAAAGUUGCACCUCCAAAACCACCCGCAAAAGUAACGCCUCAAAAAACACCCGCCAAGACAGCACCUCCAAAAACGCCCCCCAAAGCGGCUCCUCCAAGACAAUCCUCCAAAAUCCCAGCUCCGAAUGCGACAGUACCAAUCAACAACCCAGUUUCCAAGUCAACCACCAAACAGCCAUGUCCCAAGUCAACCACCAACAACCCAGUUUCCAAGUCAACCACCAAACAGCCAUGUCCCGAGUCAACUGUCAAAAACUUAGUUCCCAAGGCAACCACGAACAUGGCAGUUCCCAAGGCAACCACGAACAUGGCAGUUCCCAAGGCAACCACCAACAUGGCAGUUCCAAAAUCAACCACUAAAAAGCCAGUUUCGAAGGCAACCACUAAGAAGUCUGUUCCGAAAACAACUACGAUAAAGCCCGGUACAGAACCGAAGUCUCCUGCAAAAGUUGUUGUAAGAAUGCCCCCACCCAAAAGUAUAAUAAAACUACCAACAAUCAAAGUUGUAAAGCUUGGGCACGUUACUAAAGUAAAAACAACUGGUGAGAUCAGAAUGCCAGCGCUUGUCAAGAAAACUCAAUCGUCGGAGCAUUCGGCACUAAAAAAAACAGCAAGGAGGUUGCUAUCCACGAAAAGGUCUCCCACGAAAAAGCCACCUCCUCCGACAGAUUCAAAAGCAAUCAAAUUGGCUUUCCUCAAAAAGCUGGAAACGGAGCUACACAAAUCAAUUCGGAAGUUAGCUGAUGCGGCAAAAUUAAAGGCUCACACGAAUCUUCCAGGAAAAGGAGGAAAAACGCCGCUGAAAGCCCCCAAAACAAAAGCCACUACCAAAACGCAAGAACACGAAGUGAAAACGCCCAUCAAAACACCCACCAAAUCGCCUACUCACAAAACAAACGCACCUGCUGCGAACACGAAAACAAAUCCGAAAGUAAAAACGAAAACGCCCCCAAGUAACAUGCUCAAGACCAAAGCAGUCAAAAACACAGCAAAAAAACCACCACUUCUGAAGAAGAUGCUUCCAAAGAAAGCACCGGAAAUGAAAACACCAAAAAAGAAGGCGUCUGCGCCAGGCGGAUCGAAGACAAAAUAUCAUACUCAUUUGAAGCUGGUUCACCAGUACACAGUGAAAAGUUUGUUUAAAAAGGUCGAAGUAAAAUCGGCCCAGACCAACGGGGUCCCGAGUGCUAAAGAUCUUGCCGUCGCGAAGAAAGGGCAGGAUAUGUUAGCUAAAUUACGGAAGCACUAUGUCCCUAAAAAAGGAGGAAUAUGCCCUGCUGGUUCGGUCCCCCACCCUAUUUUCAAGACUCUCUGCCGCAAGGUGAUAAUCAUCCAUCAAGCCCACGUAAUGGAGAGUGGAUUAUGUCCCCCAGGUUCUAACCCCGACCCCAAGGAAAAGAACCUCUGUACCAUUACAAACAUGAGCGUGUUCACCAAGAAAGUGAAGGUUUCUAUGAGUACCACAAAUAAGAUAGGAGGAAACUGUCCACCCGGUACCGUUGUGUUUAAGCUACAGCCAGACAAGUGUCUUGUGGUCGACAUGAAGAAGUUCUCAGGCGAAAGACUUCCAUGGCAAUAGCCCAACGUAAAAUGACAUCGGCAUUUGAAGAGUCAGUUUGGUAAAUGGUGUAUUAUUCAGCCAUUCCGACGAGUAGGCCUACACGACGG